AUGCACGAUUCAAACCGACAAUUCGCCGGGAUGACCGGCAAUCCCUACCAUGGCGCAUACGGCCGAGAUAUCGGAUGACGAUCGCACGGCCUCGUCGGCUGACGACAACUCUCCGUCGACGGCCAAGGCGCUGGGAAAGCGCAAAUUGACUGUUGACUUCGAAGAGAAGGUCGCCUGGACUGACUCCGACUCCGGCAAUGGCGAGAUUCGUAUGCCGCAGAAAGGCACAAAGCGUCGAGCCGUCUCCAAGGGGAAGAGGUCGGCCGGGAAGGGCGCUGCUAACGGAGCCAAGGCAAAGACAAGAGCGGCCGGCUCGAGGGGCGGGGCCAACAGCGUCGCUGAAUCGAGCGUCGAGGACGAAUAUGCAGACGCCAACAUGCCAGACUACCUGCUCCGGCGCAGAAAGGCAUUCGACCGAGACAUGGCGUUGCUGAGGGAUGCCGGUCUAAGGUUGCCGCCCGAUUACUCCGACAUUUACUUCUCUGACGACGAUCAUGUCUCGACACUCGAGCAGCGGCCCAAGUUUGACGAGAGCAGCGGCAUCAGACCGUGUCGGCCGUACAAGGAUAUUGAGCUCGAGUACUCGGCGGGGAUCAUUCCCGCCCCCAUCGCGCAGUACCUCCGCGACUACCAGAUCGCCGGCGUCCAGUUCCUGCACCAGCGGUUCGUUUAUCAGAGGGGCUGCAUACUGGGCGACGACAUGGGCCUGGGGAAGACGGUCCAAGUGGCGGCAUUCCUGGCCGUUGCCUUCGGGAAGACUGCCGACGAGAGGGACGCCAGGCGGAUGAGGAAGGUGCGCCGCGCCGGCGACCAGUGGUACCCGCGCGUCAUGAUCGUCUGCCCCGGCUCGCUGAUGCAGAACUGGAGGAACGAGCUGAACCGCUGGGGCUACUGGCACGUCGAUACCUACCACGGCCCCGGGAAGGAAGACGUGCUCCAGGCUGCCAAGGCCGGGAGGAUCGAGAUCAUGAUCACGACCUACGUCACCUACAAGAAGAUGCGCGAGGCCGUCAACGAAGUCGAGUGGGACUGCGUCGUCGCCGACGAGUGCCAUGUCCUGAAGGAUCGCAGGUCCGAGACGACCCAGGCCAUGGACUGCGUGAAUGCGCUCUGCCGCAUUGGCCUGACCGGCACCGCCAUCCAGAACAAGUACGAGGAGCUCUGGACCCUCCUGAACUGGACGAACCCGGGCCGCUUCGGGACCCUGUCCGAGUGGCACAACACCAUCACGAAGCCUCUCACUGUGGGUCAGUCGCACGACGCCACGCUGAAGCAACUCAGCAUCGCCAGGACUACGGCCAAGAAGUUGGUCCAGAAUCUGCUUCCGGACUUCUUCCUCCGGCGCAUGAAGACCCUCAUCGCCGACCAGCUCCCCAGGAAGACCGAUAAGGUCGUCUUCUGCCCCCUAACCGACAUCCAACGGGAUGCCUACCAAAACUUUCUCGACGGCAGCCAGAUCCCCUUCAUCAUCUCGGCGUCCGAACCUUGCGACUGCGGCUCCAAACGCAAGAGGGGCUGGUGCUGCUACAGCACUCUGCCGGACGGCAGACGGUGGGUGAGCGUCGUGUUCCCCAGCAUCCUGACCCUCCAGAAGAUCUCGAACCACAUCACUCUGCUGAUCCCUUCGUCUACCGAUCCGAGCGAGAAGCAGAGCUCGGAGCUUAAGGCGCUCCAGAUCUGUGUGCCCGACGGCUGGGACCAGCUCUACAGGAACCGGGACUCCAUGCUCAACCUGGCGAACCCCGAGUUCUGCGGAAAGUGGAAGGUCCUGCGGAAGCUGCUGCACUUCUGGCACGACAACGGGGACAAGGUCCUGGUGUUCUCGCACAGCGUCCGACUGCUUCGCAUCCUCCAGGACCUAUUCCACAACACAAGCUACAACGUCAGUUUUCUGGACGGCUCUCUGAGCUACGAAGAGCGCCAGAGGGUGGUUGACGACUUCAACUCGGAUCCGGCCCAGUUCGUCUUCCUCAUCUCGACCAGAGCCGGGGGUGUCGGCCUCAACAUCACCUCGGCCAACAAGGUUGUCAUCUUCGACCCGCACUGGAACCCCUCGUACGACUUGCAGGCCCAAGAUCGCGCCUACAGAAUCGGCCAGAUCCGAGACGUGGACGUGUUCCGCCUGGUCUCGGCGGGCACCAUCGAAGAGAUCGUCUAUGCCCGCCAGAUCUACAAGCAGCAGCAGGCCAACAUCGGCUACAACGCGUCCAGCGAGCGGCGCUACUUCAAGGGCGUGCAGCAAGACAGCACCCGCAAGGGCGAGAUCUUUGGCCUCAAGAACCUCUUCAGCUUCCACGCCGACCAGGUUGUGCUCCGCGAGAUCGUCAACAAGACCAACAUCGCCGAGGCCAAGGCCGGGGUGUACCUCGCCGACAUCGACCUGGACAAGAUGGCCAGGGACGAAGACGAGGAGCUCAACUACAUCAAGCAAGAGCCGGCCGACGACGAAGAGGCAGGCAUGAGCCAGCUGGCCAAGCUCAUCACGGCCGAGGACCAAGAGGAGCUCCUCCGCGCGCGCAAGGCGGCCCGCCCCCGCACCGACGCCAUCGCCGGCAUCCUGGCCUCCGCCGGCGUCGAGUACACGCACGAGAACUCGGAGGUCAUCGGCACCUCGCGUGUCGAGGCGCAGCUCUCGCGGCGCGCCGAGCUGGUCGCCAGAAGAGGAGGAGGAGGAGGAGGAGUUGGAAGCGGGGGAAGCCCGAAUGACGACACCGACCUGGACGACCCGGAAGGCGACAGCGCGCUGUUCGCGGACAGCCAGGCCAGCGCGGUCAACGGGCCGACGACGACGGGGGGCAACAAAAGCAACAACAACAAGAAGAAGAGGAGGAGCAACCCUUGGCGGAUGCACUACCGGUUCAACCCGCCGGAGGACGUCAUGCGCCGGCAGUUCUGCUCCAUGGCGCGCGAGUUCGGGUUCGCGAGCGCCACCGACUUUGCGCUCGUCGUCGAGAGCUGGACGCAGGAACAGCGGCGCAACUGCCUGGACACGUUCUAUAGGAUGAGGGAGGCCAAGAUCCUGGAGAGGGAGCUGGCGGCGGUCAGGAGGGAGGAGUUGAAGGACGAGAACGAUGUGGACGCGGGGACGGGCGAGGCUCGGACCGCGGAGGCCGGGCCUGGUGAGGUAAAUAUAAAGAAAGAGAACGAUGUGGAGGAAGGGGAGAUGAAGGACGAGAAUGUGGGGGAAGAAGGUGCGAAGGAAGAUACUUGUCAGGUGAAGGAAGAGGAAGUGAAGGAAGUGAAGGUGAAGGAGGAAAGGGCGGAUUCUGCUAGGAAGUUGUCUGUGAUGGAGGUUGAUAAGUUCCAGGAGGGGGAAGUGGCACAGAUCAAGACGGAGGAGACACAGGAGACGGAGGACGUGGUCAAGGCGAAGACGACGGGCGUCAAGAGGAUAACGACGAUUUUCCUAUCCUCUGAUGAUGAGGACGACGAGCUCUGAGUGCGGCUGGCCCGCGACAAGAGAGCAAUGGCAUUUUGGGCGGAAGAGAUACGAUACCCCUUUUGCUAACCCCUGCAUCCUUGAUUGUAUAGUCCGUACACUACUACUUUGUACAUCAACUCUUUUGACGCUAGUCAUCAACAGAGAGAGCACCAUACAGCCGUAGUCCAUCCAGAAAUGGGGGUCCAACAUCCCGGUCCGUGGAUGCUUGGGAUAGAGAAACUUGGGGUGAAG